AUCCAGCGACGCGUACGCACUCCAGCCACUGCGUAAACAUCACGACACGUACGCCUUCUCGGUCGGAAGGGACACCGUCAAUCUAUCCGCAUAUAAGGGUAUGAGAGGGCAGUAGGAAGAGCUUCAUCGGUUCCCCCUCAGCUUGCUCUCAGCCUCUCCCAACUGCCGCUGCGAUGCUUUCACUUGGACAGACUGCUCUCGCCUCGUUGGUGGGCCUCAUAGCCCUCGCGUUCUGGAAAAUAUGGCCUAUGAUAUCUCGGGCCUACACAUCGUCCCUCAAGAACCUUCCGGGACCACCCAGUCCUAGCUGGUUCUACGGAAACAUCAAGGCGAUCCAGGACGAGGACAACUCCGUCCCCCAAGAGCGCUGGGCAGCCGAGUACGGCCCUGUGAUUUCCUACAAAGGCUUCCUCGGUCUCAGCCGGUUAUGGACGACGGACACGCGCGCGCUGAACCACAUUCUCACGCACUCGACAGACUACCAGAAGCCUGAGGCGGCGCGUAGGAAUCUGGCGAAGAUACUUGGGAAAGGUGUCCUCUUCACCGAAGGGGACCAACACAGACAACAGAGGCGCAUAAUGAACCCGGCCUUCGGCCCUGCGCAGAUCCGCGAACUGACUCCCAUUUUCGUCCAGAAGGCUGUAGAGCUUCGAGAUGUCUGGGAUGCUCAGCUCGCAGUAGACGAUUCGCCGACGCGCAUCGAGGUGCUGUCAGGCUUGAGCAAGAUGACGCUCGACGUCAUCGGCCUAGCUGGUUUCAACUACAACUUUGACUCCUUGAGCGGCAAGCCAAACGAACUAAACACAGCCUUCCAAGAAGUGUUCAACCCAGGCGCCAACUUCACCAUCUUCACGAUCCUCAAGAACGUGUUCCCCGCCCUCGAUAUCUUCCCCGACGAGCGCGCGAAGCGUUUAGACCACGCGCAGGACGUCAUGCGCCGCAUUGGUCUCCAGCUUAUUGAGGAGAAGAAAGCGCAGAUCGCGCGCGAGAUGUCCGAGAGCAAGAGCGGCGGCGUGGAGCGGAAGGAUGUCCAAGGGCGGGAUCUGCUCACGCUGCUCAUGAAGGCGAACAUGGCGACAGAUAUCCCUGACAACCAGAGGCUCUCGGAUGAAGACGUGCUCGCUCAGGUUCCGACAUUCCUCGUCGCCGGCCACGAAACGACGAGCACCGCGACUAUGUGGUGUCUAUAUGCACUUACGCAGGCCCCCGAUGUCCAAAAGAAGCUGCGCGACGAGCUUUUCGCUCUCCAGACCGAAGCCCCCACGAUGGAUGAGUUGAGCAGCCUCCCGUACCUCGACGCGGUCGUCCGCGAAACCCUGCGCAUCCACGCGCCGGUCCCCACGACGAUGCGUGUCGCCACGAAGGACGACGUCAUUCCGGUUAGCGAACCAUUCGUCGACCGGCACGGGAAGGUACAAGACAGCAUCCACAUCUCGAAGGGCAGCCCGAUCAUCAUUCCCGUGCUCUCGCUCAACCGGUCGACGGAGCUGUGGGGUGCGGACGCUCUCGAGUUUAGGCCUGAGCGUUGGAUCAAUCCCCCAGAGACAAUCUCAAGCAUCCCUGGGGUUUGGGGCCACAUCCUCUCCUUCCUCGGAGGCCCCCGCGCAUGCAUCGGAUACCGUUUCUCUCUCGUCGAGAUGAAGGCACUGCUCUUCGAACUUGUGCGCGCGUUCGAGUUCGAGCUUGCCGUUCCAGCAAGCGAGAUUCAGAAGAAGACAAGCAUCGUGCAGAGGCCGCUCCUCCGCAGCGCUCUCGAGCAGGGCAGCCAGAUGCCGCUCCUUGUCAGGAGGUUCAAGCGCGCUCAGUGAUAGUUGCUCGGGUAUGUUGUAUCUAUGGAUCGACCGUCGGUGUAUGACUAGUUGCGAGCGUAGCGAGCAUUACUGGUGAACACGAACGGCCAAACAAAGCCAAACUUCACGUUUCGCAAAUUGUGGCUGCGUGCCAGACCUCCAGACGGGAAUAUAGAUACAUGCACAUCGUAUAUCGCGAUUAUAACGUGAUUUCCCAGUUCUAUACCGAUAUAUACACAUUUG